UCUUCGUGCGAAUCACAGAAAAGCAACGGAAAACGCGCUUCGGCAGGAAUUAUGAGUACACCGGAAGUGGCCACCAGUGCUGGUGGCGGUGCUAGUGGUGAAAAAUCGCUCGUGUCGGUUUCCGUUUCCUCGUCGUCGGUGUCCGCCUCAUCUUCGUCGGCCACGGUCUCGUCGGUCACGAGCGCUGCGGGAGGCAGCGGCGGUGGUGGCGGACUCGUUGGCAAAACCGUGUCAUCCGGGGGUGGUGCCAGCACGACGACGACCACGAUACCGAUCGAUCUGGCCGCGGCCUCCAAGGUGCUGGUACGCACCGAUAAAACCACCAUCCCGGGCGGGACCACCACGUACAGAUUCGGAUCGACAGCCACCGGCCAGAUGCGUGUCGUCAUACCGAGCAGCGUGUCCCAGCAAACCUACUAUCGCCAGCCGGCAAACAUUAAGCAAGAUGGAACCACAAAUCGAACACAAAUCAGUACGCUACCGGCAGGAAGUGCAAUCACCGCGGGAGCGACCGGUCGUACCGCGGUCACGGCGACCUCCGUUCCGUUGACCGUGUCCCGUGCCCAAAGCACAACGCCAACGACCGUCUCGUAUCAUGUCUCGAACCGGACCGUCCAAUCGGCAACACCGAUCGUGACGGCAAACCUGCCUCCGGGGGCCGCUGUCCGUGCCACGACCAUCAAUGGUCCCAUACGCAUCUCGACGCCCCCGAUCCAGGUGGCCAACAGUAACAGUGCCAGUGGUGGUGGUGUUACAGGUGGUGCAACAGUAGCCACAGCCGUCGGUAAUACGACAACCUACGUCCGGAUGCCACCGAAUGUGGUGCAAUCGCAGGUACGAAGUACGACUUCCGGUGCUACACCGACGGCCACGGCAACGACAACACUCGUGCAGAACUUUCAAAUGUCCGCCCAGCUGUUACGUGCCGCGGCAGGUGCUGGCGGUGGUGGUAUAACGGCGGGCACACUAACUGCCGCCGGAGUCACACCGAGGGCACGUGUGGUUACGCAAACCACCCUCCCUACCAGCCAUCAUCAGGUGGUUCAGGGCAGUGGCGCCAGCGGUACCCCAGUAGCCGUUGUGAACAGUUCCGCUGUGGCCAGUUCCGUCGGUGGUCAACUACAAACCGUGGCAGUGAGCAGUGGAAACGCCGCCGGUAACAGUAAUAACGCUGCAUCCGGUGCAUCUUCUGGCACCAGUUCCUCCCAGCAGCAUGCCUACGUAGCGGCACUAUCGAUGGGACCACGGCAAGUGUCUACGCUCGUCUACACGAACAACAGUGCCAGUGCCGGUCAGCAGCAGCAGCAACAGCAACAACAACAGCAGCAGCAGCAACCACAACAGUACACAAUCAGUAGUGGACCAAAUCAGCAACGGCUUACCCUGGCCACCACUCUCUCACCACAGCGUCCAACGACUGCAACCGUAAUCGGGGCAGCAGGCACCACCACGGGGACAAUCCGUCCCACGAUACAGCGACUCCCGACGACCGGUAUCCGGGUGAGCAACUUCCGUUCGCCCGUACUCGCCUCAACGACCGUGCUCACGACGAUCGCUUCGGGCAUUGGCGGUACCUCCGGGACGCUCACAAACACCCAGCAAAGCCAACGAACCACUGGCACGACAAACAUCUCGAAUGCCAUUCCGGCACGCAUCAUUCAAGUGCCGAAUCCGGCGGCCGCCGGUGGUACAACCGCAGGAACGGCCCAGAUCGUUAAUGGGCGCAUCCAGACGAAUCUACUGAACAUUCAGCCCCUGAUCGUAAGCAGCAGUAACGGCCGACAGACGGUGGUUGGUGGUGGUGGUGCUACACAGCAGCAACCGGCCGGGCUUACGAUCGCUCAGGUCACUGGCAAGCUCACACAAGUUGGAACAGCAAAUGUGGCAACAGCGGUGGCAGCCUCAACAGAUAGCGCAUCGAAUUCAACGACCACCACCACUCUGCAGACGGCAUCCGGGCAACAGAUUGUAGUCAGUACGACCGGUGGUAUGCCCGGUGUCGUACCAGUGGCCGCCAGUGGUGGUACACCGGCUACGAUCAUCACCGGCAAUCUCAUCGCCACCGGUGGAAGUGCAUCUGGUGGUAGUGGUGGUACAGGUGGUGUAUCCGUCAGUGCCGGCAGUCAUCAUGGAACGGGACAAAUUACGCAAAUUGUCAAUAUGAGUGCCCCGACGGUCGUAUCGGUGGCCAGUGGUGGAACACAGGUUGGUGCUGGUGCUGGUGGAACGGCUACCACGGUCAUACCAAUCCCGUUGGCCCUUACCGGAGCACGCAGCAUUCAGGGAGCCGCUGGUGCGACUGGCCAUAGUCCACUGAGCAUCGGAACGGUGGCUACAUCUCUCGCAGGAAUCGUGCGUACAACGGGUGGUGCAACAGCGGUCACUUCACUUGCAUCGGUGCUCCCGAUCGCCAAAGUAACCCCUCAGCAGCUGGUGGAAGGGGUCGGAGGUAGCACCGGUGCUGGUGGUGGUGGUGGCACACUACACUACUCCGUGGCCGCCAGUGGCAAUGGACCAUCGUUGUACAUUCAAACACGCCCUGGCAGUAAGAUUGCUGGGCCCGGUGGUGCUACGUUGAGUGUCGUAUCGUCCUCAGCACCAGGCGGCGGUGCCAGCGGUACAUCCGGUGUAAGCACGGCAGCAUCCGCAACCCCUUACGUGCCACCAUCAUCGUCCUCAUCGUUCUACUACGAACGGUUAACCUCAUCCCCGGCAGUAUCAUCAGCUGCGGCAGCGGCAGCCUCUGUCGCUGCAUCGAUUUCACUCGCCACCGGUGGUGGUGGUGGUGGUGGUAUUCCGGUAACGCUAUCCUCCGCAUCCUCGACCACGAUCACGACAACGAGUGGCGGGGGACCGGUCUUUUCGAUUUCUUCCACCUCGAGUGUCAUCAGCAGUAGCAACAGCAGUAGUGGCGGUGGUGGCGGUGGCGGCGGCGUUGUCGUUGGCACUACCGCAGCAUCAUCCAACAGUCAACAGGCGACAUCCGGAGGGCAUCCUACGGUUGUGUCUUCGUUGGCGCAGUACGGUGCCGGUGGAUCGUUUGCGAUCGUACAAGCCACCGGUGGAGCAGGAGGACAUAACGUUACGACUGGUGGUAGUGGUGGUGCCGGGACUGGCCGUGCAACACUCACGACUGGCCCUAUCCAUGGUCUUGUGCCAGCUUCACUGACGGGCGAUAGUGGUACGGGCGUUACCAGGAGCAUCGUUUCCGUGUCACGCGAUGCUUCGAUACGGUUCCAUCCGCAGCUACUGGUCGAUGCCAGUGGCCAAACGCAACAGAUCAUCGUCUCCAGUACAGCCGGAGGUGUCGGUAGUGCCGCGGGCUCAAGCGUCACUGGUGGCGCUAGUGGUGGUACGAUUGUUCCUUUGCUUUCGGUUGCUACCAGUAACAAUGCGGUCACAAUUGUUGGUGGUAACAACACCACCAAACAGCAACAGCAGCAGCAACAGGAAUCGCCACAGUCGAGCAUUCUGAGGAAACGGGCACUGGAGGGAACGCUUAAAACGAUCAGUACACCGGCCGCUGGAAGAGACCUUACGCAGGCACUGCUAGCGGUGGAAAAGGAACGAUCGGCACGGGAACAGCACGAACAGCAGCAACAGCUGCAGCAGUUACAGUUACUCCAGGCAAAUUCCUCCCAUGGCCAGCAGCAGCUUGAGCUGCGUGGUGAGAUUCUCGUCAGCACCUCUUCACCCCUGAUGGCAGCGUCCCCGGUACGGAGAGCAUCGAGUGAUGGUUCAACGACGGUCAGUGCCACGUCCAGCCCGGGGUUGGAUGAACAGGAGGAGGAAGAGAUGCGUGCGAUGGCCUACCGGAAUGCCUCAUCUCGGCUGACCGCUGAGGGACGCUUUAAACCGGUACAUGCAGCCGAUGAUCCAUCGUCAACGAUGCACUUUUCCGCCCAGCACCAUCAUCAGGUGCUCCAUCACGGUGCAUCAUCAUCGACGACGACGACCGCCGAUGGAAGCUACCAAACGGGCAUGGUUUCGAUGGCCAGCGGUAGCAACACCACGACGAUUUCCUCUUCCGGCAAUGGAAGCUAUGAGCAAUCGCCACGCAAAAAGGCCCGGAAACAGUUGCUACAACCACUGACGGAUUCCACUGCUGGUGGGACAGGAGGAACAGCUGCAGUAGGACCGCUGGCGAAAUCUGGAUCCUCCGCUUCCGCUACCGGGGGGAGUCUCACGACGACGGGGGGAGUCUCACAAAGCGUUCCACAGCAGCAUCAACUGUACGUCGAUCAUGUCGAUGGAGCUGUAUCGGGAAAUGCAACCGAAGCAAUGGAUACGAGUGGUUCCGGAAUUGUUCUCCUCAGUGCGCAGCAACAACCUGGCAAGCAUAACAGCACAGUGGCCAGUUCGAUGGGACAGAAGAUGGCAAACAGUAUGAAACUGCUGGAACCAGCAAGCUCUGGAGCAACGGUAACUGGACAGCAGCAGCAACAGCCACAACAACAACAACAACAACAAGAUCAUCAAUCUGGAGCAGCUGGGCCUGCAUCGAAACCGAUCGCGGUCUCGCGGAAGACCAAUAACGUUAGCUUACUGCAGUCGUACAAACAAACGUGGAAAGCGGCCAAUAAUCACUUCCAGCGGUAUACGGACGUGAAGCAGCGUGAGGAGCGGCGACCAACCGUCAUGGACAUCGCGAACCAAUCGCACAUUCUGCAGAAGGUGAACGGAUGGAAGAUUUAUCAUCUUAGCGCACAGAUCGAAGAUUUGUGUGAUUUGGAAUCUCAAGCGUAUGGAAAGCUGGGCCAGAUGUUGCGUACGAUGGAAGCUGCGACAGCGAGUGCCAGCAGCAGUAGUAGCAGUAGUAGUGGCAGUAGUAGUAGUAGUAGUAGUAGUAGUGGUGGUGCUAGUGGCAGCUCUUCCACAGGAACUUCACCGAAAUCCUCCACGUCCGAUCUCGAGCGUAUCAAUGAUUUGCUGAAGGGCAACAUGCAACGAAGCAAAAUCGUAAUCGACGGCAUCAAUGAGGCGCGCACGCAGAUAAUGAAAAUCUUUGAUCACAAACCGCGUGUCUCCGAUAUCAUACUGCGAUGUGCGUCGAAGCGGAACUUCAAGAAGCGGGAAAAAACGUAAAACCACCAACAAACACGCACAACAGGCGCUAGCUACUUCGAUGACCAUCGCGGCACCACGGGCGAUAAGAGACAAGGUGAUGACUGCAAGUAUGGCAUGGCAGAGCACCAGGAGAACUGCACUCCUGAGGAGUCGUAAUCGAUUGUAAAUAAUCUCCAGUACUUGUUGUAGAUUUAUUAGGCGUGUUGAGACAGUGCAACGUGAUUUUUGGGGGUUUUUUUUCCUGCGCUAGGUUUGUGUCAUAUUAGGGUAAGCGAGCAAGGAUCGGUGAUGCGUUCCGUCAGCCCAUUUGAUGUUGUGCAUCCCUUUUGUUUUUAACACCCACUAUCAUCUUUAUCCGGAUACAGCGGCGAGUUUGUGUAUGCAUGUGUGUGCGUGUCUAUGGUAGGGAAAGUUUAGGAAACUCAGCUUUUCACUCAUUUCUCACUCUCUUUUUUACAAAAAAUGUCUCCAUCAAGAUUAGCCGGUAAGUUUUAGGCAAUCUCCCUUGAAUCAAGCGUUGCAGAUGUGAUCGUUUUAGCACAGCAGACACCCCUUUGCUAUUGCAUAGAUACCCGUGGCUUCGUAGCGAUAAGUUAGGAAUGCUGUUAGCGUUUUUGAGGGUUGAUUUUAGUUUAUCAAGUAAUCCUUCAAUUUUUAAACACUUCCCCUAACCUAGUUACUGUAAGGCGAUCAAGUAAAGCGGAUCAUUUUAGGAAACCUAAGCGAGAAAGCAAUAUAUUGUUAUUGUAAGCAAGCGUCCGCUGGUGGUGUUUUGGGGGAAACCGCAAUUUCUCAACCACAGCGACGGAUUGUCGGGCGCCGGGAAUCAGUAGCAUGAUUUAGUACGUUCCGAAAAUGAGAAAUAAAAGAAAACAAUCAAACUCAUAACAAAUCGUUCGUCAUU